AUGAAGGACUUGGGAAAAUUAAAAUAUUUUAUUGGUAUUGAGGUAGCUAGAAGCUCCAAAGGGAUCUUUCUUUGCCAACGUAAAUAUGCUCUAGACAUUUUGACAGAAACCGGUCUACUUGGAUCUAAGCCAUCUAGUGUUCCUAUGGAGGAAAACCAUCGUCUAGCUCUUGCAUCAGACACACUCAUGAAUGAUCCUGCUCGUUAUAGAAGGUUGGUGGGGCGACUGAUUUAUCUAAAUAUUACACGACCGGAUUUGUGCUACUCGGUUCAUAUUUUGUCUCAGUUCAUGCAACAUCCAACUCAAUCCCAGUGGGAUGCUGCACUUCGAGUUGUUCGCUAUUUGAAAUCUAGCCCUGGCCAAGGUAUUUUACUAAGGGCAGAUUCAAACUUAGUUCUUAACGCUAAUUGUGAUGCAGAUUGGGCUAGUUGUCCACUUAGUCGUCGUUCACUUACUGCACACUUUGUGUUUCUUGGCGGUUAUCCUAUCUCUUGGAAAACGAAGAAACAAACAACAGUUUCUCGCUCCUCAGCCGAAGCAGAAUAUCGUGCCUUAGCUUCAACAACUUGUGAGAUUAUCUGGUUAAAAGGAUUACUUCGAGGUCUGGGUAUAGGACAUCCACAACCAGUUUCGCUUCAAUGUGAUAGUCAAGCUGCCUUGCAUAUUGCUAACAAUUCGGUCUUUCAUGAACGUACAAAACAUAUCAUUUUGUGCGCGAUGAAAUACUACGAGGUACCAUUAUUCCAUCUUAUGUUCACACUACUUCUCAGUUAG